UGGUGAUUUUGCAAUAGAGUUUAGUCGCAGCUGAGCAGUUGAUUUGGUGCGUGUUGCAGUUGCGCGUUCAGCAAAGUUUAAUUUAAAUUUCCUUGAAGUUCUUGAAGGAACAAAAGAGUGUUCGCUAUGUGACCGGUUUUGCGUUGAUUUUUUGCUUUGUUUUGCAUUGUUGGAAUAUCUGUCGCAAUGCGGCAUCGUUUGACGCUGCUAUUAUUAGCCAUCUUGCAAACUGUCUUGACGGCAAAUGCCAAUGGCUUCUAUACAGUUAUCGCUCCCGGCACAAUACAUACAAAUAGAAAAUACAAUGUCGCUGUUGCACUCCAUCAAGCCGCUGAACCAGCUACGAUAAAGAUUAGUCUCACAGGUCCACAGUAUAAUGAUACAAAAAACGUAAAGGUUCAACCACACGAAGUGCAGCAGCUUGUCUUCGAUGUACCCAUUCUACGCGAUGGCGACUUUAACAUCACCGCAGAGGGUGUUGCUGGCAUAAUCUUCAAGAAUUCGACUAAACUGAAUCAUAACGCCUUUCAGACGCACGUAAAAAUACAAACCGACAAAGGAAAGUAUAAACCUGGCGAUUUGAUUAACUUUCGCGUGCUUUUCUUAGAUGAAAAUCUAAAGCCCAGCACUCCGUCGGCGAGCAGUGUUAUGUGGUUUGAGGAUGGCAAACGCAAUCGCAUUAAGGAAUACAAGAACUUCACUGUUACGAAAGGCGUUUACUCCGGUAAAUUUCAAAUUUCCGAAUAUCCCAUAAUGGGUAGAUGGCGUCUGGCCGUGGAAAAUGGUGGCUGGCGUAAAUCAAUCGUUAGCUUCGAUGUAGAAAAAUAUGUGCUACCCAAAUAUAAGGUCAACGUUGAUGCGACCUCACAGGUCUCGGUGAAGGACGGUGAUAUGCAAGUGGUGGUGCGAGCCAACUACACCUAUGGCAAGCCCGUAAACGCCAAAGUGACCCUAAUCAUUGGCAUGGAUACUUUUUAUUACUUCAACAACAAUGAUAAAUCCAGAGUCGCGCCUACACAAAUAAUAAAAACAGCCGACAUGGUGAAUGGUAAGGCCAAAUUCGAUCUCAGCGUUAAACAGUACAAGGAUAACUUCCUCGACUUCAGAACUGCGCCACUUGACAUUACCGCUACGGUUGAAGAAAAUUUCACCGGCGUAAAAAUCAAUGGCACUACACGCGCUACACUUCAUCAGGACCGUUACUUUAUUAGUUGCACAAAUUAUGUGGUCUGCAACAAUUUUAAAGCAGGCGAAGAAUUCGAAAUGUCAUUCCGCAUACUACUCAUUGAUGGUACAACGAUACAAGAUACAAACACACCCGUACGCAUACGCUUCAUCGAAGCACUUGAUAAGCAUUAUUACAAAGAGGAUGCGCUACCCGAACCGAAAAUAGAUCAAAGAGUACUCGAAUACGUGAGUAAAUUGAACGUUAAUAGCACAGCGAUAUUUAAGGUGCAGCUGCCAGAUUUGGAAGACUUCAAAGGCUACGCACAUUACUUCAAAGUGCAAGCGCUCUUCAAAGAUGAGGUACACAAUGUGACGAGCUCCUAUCAGAAGCGCCCGCCGAAAGUUACCGAACAGAAAGAGAUAAAAGAACCUGAAAAACCCAAGACGUACUUUAGCGCGCAUUUGGAAUACCCGAAGGGACGUUACGCUUUCAAUGCAGACGAACAAAUUAUUGUCACAAUUAACUCUAGCACACCGCUGAGCUACUUCGAUUACAACAUUAUCGGCCGUGGCAAUAUUUUGGUUAGUGAACGUGUUUUCGUGCCCAAUAAGGCACGAAGCUACGAUCUUACCUUGACGCCUUCAUUCAUGUGGAUGCCCUACGCGCGCCUUUACGCCUAUUACAUUGAUGAAGUUGGUGAAUUUCGGUAUGCCGAAACUAUUUGCCAAAUCAAAGUUGAAAUGCCGAAUAAGUUGGAAAUAUCGGCGCCAGCGCAAGUAAAACCCGGUGAAGAGGUCGCUUUGCGUAUCAAAACCACUCCACAUUCCUUUGUCGGUCUGCUCGCUGUCGAUCAGAGCGUGCUACUCUUAGGUCGCAACAAUGAUAUCUCCCAGAAUGAUUUUAGUUGGCGCUUAAGUUCUUAUGCUACCUAUACACCCUGGCAGGGCGGCUACUCUCGCUAUCCCGGUGGUCAUAGUGGUGUUGUAACAUUGACAAAUGCCAACUACUUCUACAACUACACAGCACCGCAUACAUCUCUAGUUGACAACCGUUUUGAAGAUCUGCAAGCUCUUCGUGUGCCAGAGGGCGCUGUAUCCCUCGCAGCCAAGCCCGCUUCGGCAUCAGCUGUAGAGAGUCCUACUGCUAAUAAGGAGAUUGCGGUGCGUACAGACUUUUCGGAGACAUGGAUAUUUGUCGACAUUGAAGACACCCAAACGCAAGAGUUUACAUGGACGAAGAAGAUUCCUGAUACCAUUACUUCGUGGGUGGUGUCCGGCUUUGCGCUGCAUCCAGAGCAAGGACUUGGUGUUACAACCCAUACAACUGAUAUUGUGACAUUUCAGCCGUUCUUCAUAUCAGUCAGAUUGCCCUACUCAGUGAAGAGAGGUGAGGUCAUCAAUGUACCAGCUCUGGUCUUCAAUUAUCUCAACAAAGAUCUGGAUGUUGAAACCACACUCGACAAUACGGAUGGCGAAUACGAAUUCACCGAAAUCUCCAAUGAGAUUAUUAGCGAAACCAAGCGCUCGAAAGUCGUGCGUGUGCCAGCACAGUCCACAGCAGGCAUCACCUUUAUGCUGCGGCCCAAAAUAAUUGGUAAUCUAAUGUUAAAGUAUACAGCCAUCUCGCCGCUUGCAGGAGAUGCAGUACACAAGGUACUUAAAGUAGUGCCCGAGGGUGUGACGGAAUAUGUUAAUCGCGCCUUCUUGGUGAAUCUAAGGGAUGCGCCGGAAUUUCGACAGAGUUUCGACUUGCUACUGCCAGCAGAUAUUGUGACCGACUCACAGCAUAUCGAAAUUGGUGUUAUCGGUGAUUUAUUGGGUCCGCUACUAAACAAUCUCGAUCGGUUGCUGCGCAUGCCCAGCGGCUGUGCGGAACAAACAAUGUCGACGUUGAUGCCCAACUAUUUGGUGCUGAAAUAUUUGAAGCACAUCAACAAAUUAACGUCAGCUUUGGAAGCAAAUAUUCUGCAGCAUCUGGAAACGGGCUAUCAACGCAUGCUUGGCUUCCGCUUGAACGAUGGCUCCUAUACUACAUUCCAUGAUAAGGAAAAGCGCGAAAAUGGUUCGGUCUGGCUUACCGCUUACGUGGCGCGUUCGCUGCAUCAGCUGCAGCAGUUUAUAAAGGUUGACGAUGCGCUGCUCGACAAGAGCUUGCAAUAUUUGGCUAAUCGGCAAGUGGAUAAUGGCAGCUUUGUAGAUGUAAACAAUACAAUUUUCGGCGCAGAGCGCCAGCAGGGUAUACCAUUAACGGCACAUGUUUUGCUAGCCUUCCUGGAGAACAAGCAACUCACUGCGAAGUAUCAAAACAACAUUGACAAUGCUUUCAAAUUUAUACUGGAGCACAUCGAGAAGUCGGACAGCAUUUAUGCCAAAGCUUUAACUGUUUAUGCUCUACAGAGUGCCAAACAUCCUGCAAGCGCUAAAUAUCGUAGCUUGCUUAAGUCAUCGGCGAAAUCGGCUGAUGAUCGCAUGUGGUGGUCGGCUGUAGAAAAUCGGCCACGCCAGUGGUGGCGUUGGACACCGAAUGGUGAUGUGGAGAUCACUUCGCUUGUGUUGCUAGCACUGUUGGACCAGGGUGCUGACAAUGUGGAUGAUUUGCUGCCAAUUGUGAAGUGGUUAGUGGCACAACGCAACAGCUAUGGUGGCUUUAUUUCUACACAAGACACCGUGCUCGGGCUGCAUGCGCUGAUUGAGUUUGCGGAGAGGUCGAAGUAUGAACCUGGUCUUAUGGAUAUUGAAGUAUUGGCAAAGGGUGGUGCAGAUCGAUCGGAGAAUAUAAAGGUUACAGAGGAUAAUGGAUUGCUGUUGCAAAGCGUGGAGUUGCCGCCGAAAACACUUUCACUAGAUUUCACAGCGAAGGGCAAAGGUUCCGUGUUAGUUCAAAUCGCCUAUCAAUACAAUAUUAUCGAAAAGGAUCCUAAGCCCAGCUUCAACAUUCAAACUCUAAUAAAGAAGAACACGCCAGUUUUGAAAUUGGAAAUGGAUGUUUGCGUUGAAUAUGCCGGCGAAGGAGAUGCUUCCAAUAUGGCGUUGUUAGAAGUUACGCUACCCUCUGGUUAUGUGGCCGAUGUGGAGACCUUCGUACAACUAGAGUCAGUGCCCCGUGUCAGGCAAGUGGAAAGCCAAAAAGACGAUACUCUGAUUGUCAUCUACUUUGAAAGUCUACCCAAGAGUGAAUUACAAUGUUUGUCCAUCGAAGCCCUGCGUCAAUAUGCUGUCGCACGUCAGAAACCGGCUUCAAUUGUGCUCUACGAUUAUUACGACACGCUGAGGAGAGCAACAGCAUACUAUGAAGUAGCAUCGAAAAUGUGCGAUAUUUGUGAGAACGAUGAACAAUGCAAGAAAGCAUGCGAGUAAGGUACUCGAAUGAGUUCUUAAAAUUCUGUGCUCCUAGGAGUAAAUGACAAAUAUAUAUUUUAAGUCAACUUGUAUUCCGAAACUUAACUGCGAGUAAAUAUUGAAAGGAAUAUUUAGUCGAAAAGGAA